CUUCGCAUUUUGGGAUGAUGGAGAUACUCUACCACGAUGAAACUCACUCUCGGUGAAUAACCCCUCCCCUAGACAUCUAACCAGGCGGAUCUUAUCAGUUGAAACACUGAUUGAUACCAUCUUUAGCCCUCAUCUACAGUGCAGCCCUGCUCUUCGAUACUAGCCGCGCAACUCAGUUCCAAAAUUUCUACCCCUUCUACCGGACCACCUUAACCACCGAGCGACCCGACUGCCACGCGUACUACAAUGCCUCCCUCGCCGCCCACAACACCUCCGAUCCCAACACCUGCAAGCACAUGGCCGAGUGCCUGCUCGAAGGCGCCGGGGAGGUGAACAAAGGGGAUUGGGCCUCGGCGACGGUGCUCCUGGGCCUCACCCCGUCGAUUCUGGGGACGGUGGCGCCGACGAUCGAGGAGCGCCUGCAGCUGCUCCGCGAGCGGCCCAUCCUAGGGUUUCUGAGCAUCCUGGCCGCCCCGUCGCUGACGUUCGCAAGGCCCUGGGUCAAGCCAGACCGUCCGGGCGACAAACAGACCACGUGGCUGCGCGAGUAUACUGCAGGCAGAAAUCCCAAUGUGUACCGGAGUGUGGUGCAAUAUCUCACGGUGGCGCUGGCCGCGGCUAACGUGCUGGAAAACGCCAUUCGGCUCGGCAGCCAGACGAUCAUCAGCUGGAAAUGCAAUGUGAGUCUUCUGGAGCUGGCGUGGGUGCUCCUCGCCCCGGUGCCAUCUCUCGUGAUGCUGGUUCUGCCACCCCUCGUGGCGCUGACAAACUCGUGUCUCGCGGUGCUGGUGGACUGCCUGGGCAGGUUUCUUUCAAGGGAGCAUUCAGACACGGCAGCAGGGACUCCCACGAAUGAUCAUGAUGGGAGCGUGGAUCUCGGCAAAGGGUUUUACAAUGGGUUGGCGAACAUCUGCGGGCUGGUGCAUGUGGUGUAUGGAACGAUCGUGCUCUCCUCCGUGCAGUUCAUCGGCACCUUGGACGCGCUCGGCGUGGUGGGGCGGUUCACAGCCUCUGCACUGGUGGCGCAGUUCAUCACCAUGACCCAGCUUUCUGGCGGGUCUGAGAAGCAGAAUGAGGAGAAGGCAAAGCAAGAUGGUAGCCGAUGGCUUGAUAGGACAGGGGUUACCUCAAGGGUAUACGGACUAGAGGGGGAUGAUCGGUCAUCAAAACAGACCCCGUCAAAUGACCAAAAGGGAGCGGAUGUCGAGGACCCGGUCUGAAGUUGGGGGAUUGGACCUAUUAACAUAUCCACAUCUUCAUGUUUCUUUGCUUUUCCCCUGAAUUGUCAAGCCCAAGAUUCACACCUGCGCAGAUUGUUGGUGCGUCCGCUGGUUGAUCAAAGUAAGAAUUAUUUCUACCUGCAGAGUUCCUGAUAUCUGUUAGCAUUAUGAACGAUCAUCUGUCAGUCUGGGCAUGCAUUUGUCGUCGGUAUCAACAUAGCAUAUCUGUUUGACAGGUUAUCGCAGGUGUCCCUAGUCGUCUGGCAACUUGU